AUGCAGUACAUGCUCAAAAAACAGACUAAUGAAAAGAAAAUUACGCUUUAUGGAGGAUUCGAUGAGGAGGAGAUGAUGGAGUGGUGGAAGAAGUAUAAUACCAUUUUACCAACAAUGAAUAAAUGGCAGAAGGAUCAAAUUGAGGACAUCACCGGAAAAAUUCCACUUUUCUUAAACAAUUUAUUAGAAUCUAGUUACGAUAAUUUUGAAAAGGCAUUGGACUACUUAAAUAAGAAAUUAAAAUCCAAGAUAAAAGAACCAAUGACAAACUUUUCAGACACUAUACCAGAAGGAAGACGGGAUUUUCAUGUCAACUUGAUGUCAUCAUUUCUGGCACAAGGAUGUCCUCCGAGUGGCUAUGGAGUUAAUGAUUUUGAUCAUCGCUUCUUCUACAUUGAAAAUGAAAUAUGCUAUUAUGUCUGUGGAAUGGCAAGAGAUUGUAUGGCGAAUUAUCUCUAUGAAAAGGGCAAAAUGGAAGUAUUUGCGGAUAUAAAUUGGAUUUCUUGUAUAAAGACUUUCAAGAACAAUCCAACAGUAAUGGGAUUUAUUGUGGAAAAGGCAUGCAUUGCCAACAUUUGGAAAAAUGGGCUUACAGUAAAUGGUACAAAUUUUAAGCCAAACGAAAUUAAGUUUUUUUACAAAGAAAUAAAAAUUUCUGCAAGUGAAGGAACAUGCACAUUUUAUUUACCACGUAUUUGGAAUCAAAAGGAUAUCGAUGGAUUACUGAUCUCUUACCAAACAGUCCGAGGGCGUAUUAAGUUGUGUGUUGCCCCAAUUCAAAUUACACUUAAUAAGGAUAAUCAUAAAAAUUCGGAGAGUAGUUUUUUCGAUAGUAUUUGGAGAGAAUUAGAAUUACCAAAAUAUGAUGAUAUUGAGAUAUUGUUUAUAUGGAUCACCUAUAAAAGCGAUGCAAAUAAGGAA